CCAGCGCGUAUUCGUGGUUACUACACCAAUACACAGUUUAGGCAAAAUUCCGAAUCUCUUCAAGAUUUCUGGUCUCUUCUACAAGCUCUUCGGCAAAGGACGUGUUCGCCUGGUCAAGUUGCAUCCUCACAUCCAUAAUCGUUUACGAUUCCGUCAUCUCCACACAACAUCUCUCCGUGUCAAAUUUUCGGAGAAAUAGAAUAGGGACAACCUCUGGCGCAAAAGAAUAGGCCGAGGAAACAUACCAGGACAAGUGUCGAGUCAAGUAGAGGAAUAGGAUUCGGCGAGAGGCGAAACGAAAUAAGUUGGCUAUAAACUCGUUCUAGACACGACGCGCUCAGAACGACGGGCGAUCCAAUCUGACGAUCUGCAGUUCCGCCCAAUUCUUGAAAUAACGACAUAACCAGAGCAGAAACAUAUUACCGACACCAUGUUACCAAAUCCGAGCCUUUACGGUCAUCACCAAUACAACCCCCACGCCGAACAGCCAUGGAUGCACCAGCAGCCAAGUCACCAGCACCAGGCCCAGCAGGCUGCUGCUGUUGCUGCCGCUGCUCAGCAGCAGCACUACAAUAGACUGGCAGGCCAACACAACAGUGUCACGGCAAGCAUGAGUGCCUCUGUUGCCAGCCAUGUACAAGAGAACGGCCUAGAGAACGUAUCGGAGGACAACCGAAGAACCCUUACAUUCGUUGCUGAUCUGCUCAACGAGAACACACGGGAGGCUGCUCUGCUCGAGCUAAGCAAAAAGCGUGAGCAAGUGCCCGAAUUGGCGCUUAUCCUGUGGCAUUCAUUCGGCGUCAUGACUUCUCUCAUGCAAGAGAUUAUCUCAGUCUACAACCUUCUUAACCCCUCUCAGCUAACAGCUGCUGCUUCUAACCGAGUUUGCAACGCUCUUGCGCUCCUACAAUGUGUGGCAUCGCACAAUGACACAAGAACUUUGUUCUUGAAUGCUCACAUACCUCUCUUCCUCUACCCCUUUCUGAAUACAACGUCUAAAUCACGACCUUUCGAGUACCUCCGCUUAACCUCGCUUGGCGUGAUCGGCGCCCUAGUUAAGAACGAUUCUAGCGAGGUAAUCAACUUCCUCCUUACCACGGAGAUCAUUCCUCUUUGUCUGCGAAUCAUGGAGACAGGAUCCGAGCUUAGCAAGACGGUUGCCAUCUUCAUUGUGCAGAAGAUACUAUUGGAUGAUAAUGGUCUCAACUACAUCUGCGCCACUUACGAGCGCUUCUAUGCUGUUGGAACAGUUCUGAGCAACAUGGUUGCUCAGCUAGUUGAACAGCAGACCGCACGUCUUCUCAAGCACGUGGUGCGGUGCUUCCUUCGGUUGAGCGAUAAUGCGCGCGCCAGGGAAGCACUUCGCCAAUGCCUCCCCGAACCACUUCGCGAUGCCACUUUCAGUUCAGUACUUCGCGACGAUGCGGCAACUAAGCGUUGCCUAGCCCAGCUACUGAUUAAUCUCUCUGAUAAUGUAGUAGAGAGUAACAGUGCUCACGCAGGCCUAUGAAGUUCCGGAGACGUACGGACCAUAUAGGGUGCGGCUCAUCGUAUCCUACCAACCGCUUUAUGUACCUCUAAGAGCUAUUGAGGGACCUGUCAUCCUAUCCCGAUAAUAUGAGAGCCGCACUGACACGACCCUUUUCCCUAUUACAAGACGCCAAAAGAGAACAAAGCGUAUUCUAUCUGAAUACUACCGAACUCGCCGUUACUUGCUAUGUUUGGACCAUUUAUCUAUCGUUUAGUUAACUUGAAGGGCCUCACUGAAAGAGGCUCUCCCAUACUUCAGAUCCCACCAUCGGCCGCUGGAACAUCCUCCGGCUGCUCUGUUUGAUAGGCUGCGUCUGGAUAUUCUCCAGUUACAGCCUCGAUUCCGUUUUGCGAUCGACUAGGCAUCCUUCAUGAACUUACCCUCCAACAUCAACUCAUCGGAUGAGACCGACCAUCUCAUCCGCUACUCAGUCCUACUCAAUCUCUAACAUAUCCCGAUUUUAUAAUAUGAGUAAGGGGCCACGAUAAUCUUUGACUAUCCUAGCGAUUGUGACCAGUACACGAUCCGGAAGAUCCCUAUAUUUAAUUGUACCAUACCCAG